AUGCAUUCCUUAUAUUUAACAUGUGCUCUAAUAGCACACCAGGCCCUAGCCUCCCUCGGACAGAACCUAAUAGCCAAGACUCCCCUCUCACACCCGCAUAUCAACAAAAACCCCGACCAUAGUAUCUACCAGAUCCCCAACACCAUCCAGAACAAACCCAGCAAAGUCCAAUUCGAUAUCCCCACGUUGGGAAGAUAUCUCAAUAAACAAGCCCUCUGGAACCUGGACGCACCGCAGGUAAAUCCCUUGAACGGCUCCGUCUUCGACUGGUGGUACUUCGACGCCGUCUCGGAAACAAACUCAAACGAUUCCCUCGUGGUCACAUUCUUCACUUCAUCAUUCGCUGCAUUCCCCUAUCUGCGAAAGAACGAAUCAUCAGUGGUGACCGUCUGGCUGUGGGCUUCAUUUGCCAACGGCACUGUUUUCGGGAAUUAUGUCCCCGCAACCGUGGCGACUGUGAGUGGUGGAUACGGUGUGAAUAGUUCUGGGGAGUGGUCGUCGACGGGGUUUGGUUGGAAUGCUCCUGCAGAUGACCUGUCGAAGUAUGAAGUGGUUGUUGCAUCGGAGAAGAUGCAGGUGAAGGGGAAAUUGACUUUGACUUCUCGAGUCCCAUAUCAUCUACCUUGUGGUGUGCAAGCUGGGAGGAGCACGCUCGAAGUCGCGCCUCAUAUUGGAUGGGUGAAUCUCGUACCCGACGCCGUGGGCGAGGUUGAUAUAAGCAUCCAUGGGUCGAGGUUGAAGUUCCAUGGGGCUGGGUACCAUGAUAAAAAUUGGUCGGAUCGACCCUUCAUGGACUCUGUUCAGAGCUGGUACUGGGGACAUGGUCGUCUGGGUCCGUAUUCGAUUGUUUGGUUCAGUUAUUUCGCUCUUAAUGAUCCGACCAAUACUACCUAUGUGAGCAGUUACGUUGCCAAAGAUGGAAAGGUGCUUGUGUCGGCUUGUGAUCCUUCUCUUCUCACAGUGAGGCCGGUUGGGAGGACUGGGACUACUGGUGGGCGAUAUCCGCCGCGGGUUGGGGAUAUACCGGAAGCAUUUCGGUUGGAAUUUGAUCUGGGAGAGGUGCACGGUCGACUUGCGGUCAAUGUUUCGAUGAAGACAGUCGUCGCAGGUGACAAAGAAAGUUAUAUGCGAUGGACAGCAGACAUGGUCGGGGAGAUAGUCGAGGGCGGGGGCCAGCAACCACAGGAUCUGCAUGCUGUUGGCUCCAAAAGACAUAUGAGACAAAAGCGCAAGACAGAGACUCUUUUAACAUCAGAUCUUGCGGGUGUCGGAGUUUUGGAGCAAUUUGUGAUGGUGGAAUAG